UUAUAGAUAUGGACCAGUGGAUAGUAAAUAAUUUCAUUGUUAACUUUGAAAGGUAUACUAUACUAUGCUUGCUCUUAUCGGUAUUUCUGGCCUCGUCAGUGCCAGCUGUACAUCACAAUGAAUUGAUGGUGAAAUUAAUUGCGAUGAAUGAGACUUUCAGUCAGAGAACAGACACGCUUACUUCUGAAAGAGGCAGUUUUUACCGAUCUGUCAAAAUGGUCACUAUUGCGAUUGUGACAGGAUCUUUAAGUUUGGUGACCAUUAUUGGAAACAUUCUAGUCCUGCUUUCUGUGCAAGUAAACAGACAUUUACGAACUAUUAACAACUAUUUUAUUUGCAGCUUGGCUUGCGCUGAUUUGAUUCUCGGGGCAUUUUCCAUGAAUCUAUAUACAAUAUACACUGUGACUGGGUAUUGGCCAUUGAGUCCAUUGGUGUGUGAGUUCUGGCUUGCUGUCGAUCACAUUGCUACUACCGCGUCUGGAAUGAACCUCCUUCUCAUCAGCUUUGACCGUUAUUUCUGCGUAACAAGACCCUUCAGUUACCCAAUGAAAAGAACAAAAAAAAUGUCAGGGAUCAUGAUUACAGCAGCGUGGGGGCUGUCUGUUGUCGUAUGGUGUCCCGUUAUUCUCGCCUGGCAGUUCACCGUUGGUGGCUGGGCAGUUAACGAGGGCGAGUGUUACGCACAAUUCUUCUCAGAUCCAGUCGUUUCUUUUGGCAUUUCAAUAGCCGCCUUCUUUCUCCCCGUUGCCAUCAUGGUGGGUUUAUAUGUGCGCAUAUCUCAAGCCAGCAGGAAUCCAAUGAAGGAUGAUGAAACAGAAUAUAAAACAAGCAAAGGCACGACUCCUCCCAGUUCAGCGAGAGACAAAGUCGUGGACCCGAAAUGUAACAAAAUCUUAAACAAUUCUCGCGGGCUGAUCCACAUCGGAAAGCAAAGUGGUAAAAUACCUUUUGAAAUAACAGUCGCGAAGGAGUUUUCAGAUGAUUUAACUUCACUCAACCUGUCCCCUACAAACCAAAUUAAGGAAGGGAAAAUACAAGGAGGAACUGUGCUCCCUGGUAUACGAUGCACAACAGACAAUGACAAUCUCUCUGACUUCAAGGUAAUUAGUUUGUCUCAAAAAUGUGACAACUGUGAUCACACAUUAGUUUGCAAGCAAGGCGGUGUUGACCAGAAUGGCGAUGAAAAUCUUAUCAGAGGCGUUCGUGGGAUCAUUGAAAUGACCAAGGCUAUUGCUAAAAAGAAGAGGGGAACUGUAACGCGCAAAAAGGCAGUGACUAGGACUGUCCUGGCCAUUCUGUUAGCAUUUAUCAUCACCUGGAUCCCAUAUAGUUUCAUGGUCCUCACAAACACUUUCUGUCCAAUCUGUAUCCCCAACACAGCCUGGACAAUUGCAUAUUGGAUCUGUUACAUCAACAGCACUAUCAAUCCAGCCUGCUACGCCCUGUGUAAUCAAACCUUCAAGAAAACGUUCAAGAAUCUUCUUGUCUGUCAGUGCAAGAAUAUUAGAGCAUCGAGAUAA